UUUUUUUUUUGUUUUUGUUUUUUUUUUUUUGCUCUGACACAUAUUUCAAAACUAUUAAGAUGCCUAGAAGGAUUCUGAACGCUUUGUUCAACAAUGAACAAGAUAUUGGCGGUCAAGCCAGCUCUAAGGAAGAACAACGUCAACCUGAAUGUCUGGAUCGAAACACAGCUCGUAUGUACGGCCAAUCACAAGCUAAGCCUGCUGCCGAAAAGGAUAACAAACAAACUUCUGAUUUGAAGAAUGAUACCGACGAUAUGGUCACUCGUACCCAAAAUUUGAAUAUCAGCGCAGAUGAUGAGCCUGCUAUUCACGGCCAAACAGCUAGCCCUGCUAUCCACGACAAUGUAUGUAAUGAAGCGUCUGCUGAUAAGAACCAUCCUAUGUUGAACCACGUUCAAGAACCCGAGCUCCACGGUGAACGUCCUGCUACUGGUUCUACUGAUGAUCUAAACAUUCAAAGUCAACAUCAGCAAAAACCAGCUAUAAGCACCAACACUAACCGUGUCAUGAGCCCUACUUACAAUACCCGUGGUGGUGCUAUCAAUGGUCAGUCACCUGCUUCUCCUUCGAGCCCUACUGGUGUCACCCACAGUGACAAUCGCUGUAAUGAUGGUGAGCGAGGUCUCGUUUCUACGCAUUUUACUGAAACUGGCUACAACGAUCUUUCUAAUGCUUACCGUAAGAAUCAACUCCUCACUGAGGAUGAUGACCAAUACAAUGAUAUCAACGAAGUGUAUCGUGGUAAUGCUCAAGGAUAUCAACCUACCGAUGCUCUCUCUGAUACUUCCUCAGUUACUUCUGGCGAUCUACAACAAGCCAAUGAUAUCCGUGGUGUAUACCGCGCCCAAUCUCGCGUACUCAGAAACAAUAAUGGCAGCAAUGCUCCCAAUGUCUUGGCUGGCGGUGCUGGCCGACCUCAAUAUAACAAUAUGAGUGAUGUAUACCGCUCUAGCGAUAGCAAUUUCGCUACACCUCAUGUCACGACUUCCGGCGCGGAUGAGGAUGCUUCUAGCAAUUCCACUGGCAAGGGUUUCAAAGGAGCUGUAAAAGAAAUCUUUGGUCGCCGUAAGUCUAAUGCUUCAUCCAGCUCUUCCUCUGAUUCAGACAACGAUAAUGAAAAUGUGAACCGUGUUGAUUCUUCUCGUGGUAAAAACUAUCGUAUGAAGGGUGAUGGACGUCAGCCUGUGGUUCCUAGCGCUCCUUCUAUGAUGGGUAAUUCAGACGCUGAAUUAUAUAAGCAACAAAUGCAACAGCAUGAACAGUUUGCUCGUAUGCCUAAUGCUGAAAAUGUUCAACCUGCAGGUACUAGAGAUAUUGGUGAGAAUGCUGAAGAUAACUUUGUCAAGCAGCCACAACGUAUAUAAAGAUCAAUGUGAAUAUCCUGUAACUCGUUUUAUCCUUCAUUAUACUUCAGCCUACAUAUUACUAUCUUUCAUAACAUUUUAUUAUUGUAAAUAACCCCAAUCAUUGUCACUACACAAUUUAACUUACAUCGUAUUAUAUUACGCAACAUCCAUGAACAGUUCUUCAUCAUUUCAUACUUGACUUAGUAUGCUCUUAUUUCAUUAUAUUAUUAAUAUUAAUAAAUAAAGGGAUUUUAUACUUCAAUACAAAGUUGCUACGCAUUUUGAAAGAGUCAACUUGUAUCUUUCAAAAAGAUAAUACGUUUCACUAGAAGAUAAACAUUGUUAAUCUUUUCAAUGGACAACGCAAG